AUGCCAUAUAUUAUCUACAAUAGUGCAGUGGAGGAGUACGUGGAGCGUGUGGCGGCUGAAGGAUCAAAGAAAUUGUGCGGCGAUACUAGUAAUAAUAAAGUAUCAAGGAGAGAAUUGUCGAUAGGGUGGUGUGAGGAGGGUGAAUAUUGGUGGUGUGAGAAUAAGGUGGAUAAGGCCAGUGAAAGAGAUAAGGGUGCAGCAGUGGCGGGUGAACUGGCUUGCCUCGCGACCUACAUGGCGGGGUAUCUGAAGGCGGCGGGCGCAACUUGCGCCCCAACCGGAAGUGCCCAAUAUCAUCCCCAUGGCCAUCCAGCCAUGGGUGUUGGUACACAUCCACAUCCGCACUCGCAUCCUCAUCCUGGGGGGCCACAUCCCGGAUUGCCAUCGCCAUUUGCACUUGCUACCCAUGGACAUCCUCAUGGACAUCCACUUGAUCAUGGACUCGGUGCAUUUCCACAAGGUGUAGCGCAACGUAAACAGAGAAGGGAACGUACAACAUUCAGUAGAGCGCAGUUGGAUGUACUUGAAGGACUGUUUACCAAAACUAGAUAUCCUGAUAUUUUUAUGCGAGAGGAGGUGGCCAUGAAGAUCAACUUGCCGGAAUCAAGAGUACAGGUCUGGUUUAAGAAUCGUCGGGCAAAGUGCAGACAACAGUUGCAGCAACAGCAACAAGGACAGCAACAGCAGCAACAACAGCAGCAGCAACAGCAACAACAACAACAACAACAACAACAGGCCCAAACCUCUCCACCAAAAGCAUCACCAAGAUCGUCGAGUCAGUCUCAAAACGUAACAAGUAAACUGACGAAUAAUCCAGCAACUCCGAGCCGUCGUUCAUCACCAGUUUCGUCACCCCGUGGUAAAGAAGCCACGGGCUCAAAUUCACCAUUGGUAGGAAGUAACACAGCAUAUCCAAGACUCGGUGCAACACCAACUGGUGGAAGUAAUGCCAGUUCAGCAUUGACAACUCCAUCACCACCGCUAACACCAGGCUCGAGUCAAUUACCACCAUCCUCUUACCCACCACCCAUGAAUCAAAUUCAUCAUAGCGAUUACGGUUUUCCCUGGAGUUCAGCAUCCCCAGGAUCCGUCAAUAGCCAGUGCUAUCCGGGCCAGACGUACAAUAGCUAUCAGAACUCUUACGCAUCGAGUGAUUACUAUCAGAGCCAACUCUCUCACAUGCAUCAUAGUCCUCAGAGUAAUUAUCAUCAUCAUCAUCACGGACAAUAUCACCACAGCAUGACAUUAACAUCUUCCAUGUCACACUUAGCUGGUCAUCAUCAUCUUAAUGCUGCCUCGGUCAAUGAUAUGACAUCAUCACCCGCUGAUUCAUCGGACCCUUACAUUCUCCCUGAGCAGAAGUAUCAGGCAAUGGUUUAGCAGCCGAGGGAUUUAACUGAGGCCCUGCAGAGGGUUCAUCAUAAGACUUAUGCCGCACCAUGGAAAAUCAAGUAUCAACCCAAGGACUAUGAUGGAGUUAUAACUAGUCGAUUAGAGGAAAAAAAUUAUGUUUAAGUAUGAUAUUAUCACAUUAUCAUUUAUAUCUAGCGGGACAAUGCAAUUCGUGUAAAUGAUGCUGAGCUAUCAUUUGGGUUAUGGAGAUGGCCCAACUUGGCUGUCAUCUACAGGCAAUUGAUCAUUGAAUUCCAAUAGAUCAUCUUCAACUUGGACAUUCUUCGCGAUUGUUUUCAAAUUAAUCCCAUGGGCUUUGACAAUAUUUUACGGGAGAGCUUGUGAAACUUGUGUUCACUAAAUGGAAAGCCAAUUUCAGGGUUCGUGGCUUCCGGAAAACACGAUCAAGCCUGAAAAAUAUGACAUUGAUUUUUUUUUUCCAUUUACCAGUGGAUUUCAAUCACAAUGUCGUAAAGGAGGAAUCGGUAGUCUUUCGAGGAGUUUAUGAAAUUUCUCACCCUGUCAUGAUGAUUUGAGAUAGUUUUUAAUGCAUCUUGGACUGCCCAGCGAUUAUCCACCAAGAAUAAAAAAUAACAAUCAUACAUAUGCACACGUAUAAAAAAAAUGAUCAAUAGGGAGAAAUGAAGAAACGAGCCGCAUUGUUUUCGGCCCUUGAUGGAAUGUACGACGAUGGACGAAUAUAAAUUUUUUAAUAAUUACAACAGAUAUUGAAUUUUUCAUCAUCUGUCUGCCUCAACUAAUAUGGGUAAAUGUAAUAAUUUUUUUUUUUUUCUCGAAUGGAGCAUGUUUUUACAUGUGAAAAAUAACAAAAUUAUUUUUUUCACUAUUAUUCGUAUUAUUAUGGUCGUUAUUCCAUUGACUUUUUUUGGUGUCAAUAUAUAAAAUGGUUUAUUGUUCAAUAUUUUCCUACAAGAUUGUAAAUAUUAUUUUACUCUAAUGGAUCAAGUUGAAUGAAAAUCCAACCGUACGGAGAUAAAUGAAUGUUGAAGAGAUGUCUUAACAUUGACUUAUCAGAUUGACAAAUAGGUUUUACUUGAACUGAUGAAACAAUUGUUAAGUCUUCGAGGUCGGAUAUUUGUAGAUCUUCACUUCAUAAGUACAAAGGAGGAAUAUUCAUUUUUCAGUCAUCCAAGCAUGGAUUACACAGAAUUAAAUGAAUUUGAUGAGUACUUCUCGUGAUGAAUACUGUGGAAUAGACUGUAUAAAAAUGGAAUAUGUUAACGUUUAACUAGAUUAUAGAAAGAUGAAAAAUGAUUAGUAAUAAUUGAUGAGGAAACCGAUGAGUGGAUCACAAUGAUAACAUAUAAUCUUCUAUGUAUAUUUCAUGUAUGCAGAAAAAUCAUUAAAUUUGUAUAUUAUAUUCGUCAAAUAGCGAUACAAAAGAAUAAUUGUUAAUUGAGAAAGGAAAUUAUUGCGUAGAAUAGUGUUGAUGAGAGGAUCUAGAUACAUGCGAGAGAGAAUUUAACAAUUAACUAACGAUAUACUCUGCGCACUUUGGACAUUAAGCAUUUGAUUUGUAAUGAAAAAACGGAAAAUUUACUUAAUAGGAGCCGCAGAAAUCUAUAUAAUAAGAAUUCGACACCAAUGUACAUAAUUGUAUUCACAUAAAUAUAUCAGUUAAAAUGAUUAUAAUA